GGUAAUUCAAGUUUAAAUUACGGUUUCCUCUUUCAGCGUUAUGUGUUCGAGACCUUUAGUGAAAUGGGCCUCCAACUUCCUUCAACAAGUGGAACUAUAAUAUUAUUUUCAUCAUCAUAAUAUUUUAGAAGAUGGAGAUAGUUGAGUCCAUUCUGAACCUUCCCGUGCAAGAUCCACCUGGUGAAGACUUCUCAGCAUCUGAUUUGAGUUGGACCAAGGUCGGAAAUGUAGAACGUUAUGAUGAUGUUGCCCUUAUUCUUUAUGAUCGAGUUGAUGCAUUUAUCAUUGGAGAGUGUUGUAACGUGGAAUUCCCAACAAGGUUUCACAUUGAGAGGGGAAGGAAAAGAAGCAGAGGCAGCUUAAAGGAUUAUAAGCAUGAUGACUAUUUGGAGUACAGGCUGUAUUGGUGUUCCUUCGGCCCUGAAAAUUAUGGAGAAGGUGGCGAUAUUUUACCAAGCCGACGAUAUCGGCUUAACACUCGAAACCGAGCUGCUAGACCCCAGUCCAUGAGGGGCUGCACUUGCCAUUUCAUAGUGAAGCGCUUGUAUAACCGUCCAUCUCUUGCACUUAUUAUAUAUAACAACAGGCGUCAUGUUAACAAGUCCGGUUCUUUAUGCCAUGGGCCGCUUGAUAGAGAUGCUAUUGGCCCUGGUGCAAAAAAGAUUCCAUAUGUUUGCAAUGAGAUUCAACAACAAACUAUGUCUAUGAUCUAUCUUGGCAUCCCUGAGAAGAAUGUUUUAGAAAAACAUAUUGAGGGUAUUCAACGUUAUUGUGGUUCUGAUGCGAAAGUGAAUAGCCUUGCUGCUCAGUAUGUCCACAAACUUGGCAUGAUUAUCAAAAGAUCUACUCAUGAAUUGGAUCUAGAUGAUCAAGCUAGCAUAAGAUUGUGGGUCGAGCGGAAUAAGAAAUCUAUUUUCUUUUAUCAGGAUACAUCGGAACAUGAUCCAUUCAUCUUAGGUAUCCAAACUGACUGGCAGUUACAACAAAUGAUUCGUUUUGGACAUCGUAGUCUAAUAGCAGUUGAUUCAACAUUUGGUAUAAAGAAACUAAAGUAUCCUUUGUGCACACUUCUUGUGUUUGAUUCAAGACAGCAUGCCCUUCCUGUUGCUUGGGUCGUCACCCGCACAAUUGCCAAGCCUGACGUGAGUAAAUGGAUGAAAGCUCUUCAUGAUCGUGUCCGUGCUGUCGAUCCAACAUGGAAGGUCAAUGGUGUCCUAAUCGACGAUGCUGCAGCAGAAAUUGACCCCAUAAGGGAGAUAUUUUCAUGUCCAGUUCUAUUUUCACUUUGGCGUAUUCGUAGAUCGUGGUUGCGAAAUAUCAUCAAGAAAUGUAGUAAUGUUGAAGUUCAAAGAGAGAUAUUUAAGCGUCUAGGUGAAACAGUGUACAGCAUUUGGGAUGGAAGUGAUCCUUUUGUUGCUUUAGAAGAACUUUCUCAAGAUUUUGUUGAUCAAACGGCCUUCUUGCAAUAUUUCAAAGCCACUUGGGUGCCUAAAUUUGAAAUGUGGCUUACUACAAUGAGAACGUUACCUCUUGCGAGCCAGGAAGCAUCUGGUGCAAUAGAAGCAUAUCAUGUCAAGUUGAAAGUCAGACUAUAUGAUGAUUCACAUCUUGGGGCACUCCAGAGAGUUGAUUGGUUAGUUCACAAAUUGACAACUGAGUUACACUCCAGUUACUGGCUUGACCGAUAUGCAGAUGAAAGUGAUUCUUUCCAAAAUGUGAAGGAGGAGUAUAUUGCUACCACAUCCUGGCAUCGAGCUCUGCAAAUUCCUGAUGAUUCUGUGACCUUGGAUAACAAGGAUAACUCCUUCGCAAAAGUUUUGAGCCAGAAAGACAACAGUAAAACACACCUAGUUUGGAAUCCUGGAUCAGAAUUUGCCCAUUGUGAUUGUGAAUGGUCAAUGCAAGGAAAUAUGUGCAAGCAUAUUAUUAAAGUCAAUAUGAUAAGUGGGAAACUUCAAUCAUGUCGACCUUCUAUGUCAUUUCAAUCAUUUAAUGAGGUUCUAGUGAGUCUAACGAGAAAACCGGUGGAUGAUUCAAUGGCACUGGAUCUGUCAACAGCAUGGACACACCAGAUGCUUGAUCAAAUUCGGAAGCUAGUUGAGCUAAACCAGUCUCAUGAUAUUGGCACCAUAGUAAAUAAUAUGCCUGUGAGAUGGGUCGCUAAAAAGGGCAGAACAUCUGUUGGCAGACCAUCAGCUAUUGCUCUCCCCUCCAGCGCCAACAACAGUUUAAUUUGUUCAACUGCUAAAAAGAAUCGAAAGAGGAAGAGAUUAUCAAGAUUACGAUGAUCUCUUGUGGAGGACAGAAAUAUCUCUGCGGGAACUAUGCAUUGGUGCUGUUCUUGGUCCACCAUGCAGCUAUCAGCCCUAGCUGCUUCAUUUGGCUGACCAGACGGAAAGAAAUACAUCGUUGAUUCAUUAUGUUCAGAGGCUGCUCUAACUUUCCGCUCUCUUCAGCUGGUGCUCAACAAUCACUAGAUGCAUUUGAUGCUUGGAUUUUUUAUAGCCGAGCGAGUUCCAUGAAAAGUCCAGAUACUGUUCACGGGGUACUGAAUUAUCCUUGUUGGGAACAAAUGGAGCAGUCACACAAGAAGCAUCAAUAGACUCGAAGCAUAUACGGUACCAAUCAGAAACUGCCAGGAUUCUCUCCUUUUUGUCUUUGGAUGUCCUUGUAUGCCUUUUAUUUACAAUUCAAGCAUACAAACUGACCGCUAGAAUAAUUUUUUCAUGAUACAAUGUACAUAAGUUGUAUAUGGAUUUUUCCAUGAUUCAGUUGAGGAAACAGCAGGUCUAAUUAGGUGAGCACAUUGAUUUAGACAACUUUUUCUUGGUUUUAUCAAUUUCCUGUCUGGAUUGAUUGUCUGUAAGCAGCCUCUUGUAGAAAUGUAUGGUAAGACUGCGUACAGUAGACCCUGGUGGUCCGGUCUUCCCCUAACCCUGCGCAUAGCGAGAGCUUAGUGCACCUGACUGGCCUUUUAUUGGAUUGUCUAUAAGUGGAAAGUCAUGAAGCUUUUGUUUGGUAAUAUAGAUGAGUAUGCUAGCAGUACAAUUGCAUCGAGGAUUGUAUAAUGUAAUGACAUAGCUGUGUCGCUAUCGUCUGCCAGUGGAGUCUAUUAAUUUGAGAAGAAAGCAGUUGGCAACUUUCA